UCCUCUGAUCGUUCUGAUCUGAUCACGCGAUCUUAACGGCGCAGAUUGCUGUACCCUCGAUGGAAAAAUUGUCCUGGAGGCUCGUGUGCGUGGACGGGAAUCGAACGCAUCGCCGCCCUCGCGACCAGUCUCCAAGCCUCCCUGAUCCCCCAUUUCCCACAUCCGCCCCUUCCUCCCUCGAUCCCUCUGCCAGGGUUUUAAGCGUCGCAACUUUCAAGGCUUAAGGCGUCGCUGAGCUCCGGGAAAUCGUUGGCGAUGUGGAGGCUCGCGGGACGGCCGCGGAGACCGGGGCUGGGACUCGGUUUCAGGGCCGCUUCCACAGGGGCGAUGACCUGCCGGGCAGUGGUCCUGCCGCGGUUCGGCGGCCCAGAGGUCCUCGAGGUGCGCCCUUCGGUCGAAGUCCCCAAUCUGAAGCCGCAGGAGGUGCUCGUCCGCGCUCGCGCCGUCUCUAUCAAUCCCUUGGACUUGAGAAUGCGAUCUGGUUAUGGACGAUCCAUUUUCGAACCACUUCUGCCUCUAAUUCUGGGUCGUGAUAUUAGUGGUGAAGUCGCGGCAUUUGGUUCUUCAGUUUCUUCCCUUACUGUUGGGCAGGAAGUUUUUGGUGCACUGCAUCCAACAGCCGUGAGAGGCACAUAUGCUGAUUAUGCCAUUCUCUCAGAAGAUGAACUAACACUCAAGCCACCUUCAGUGACGCAUGUGGAGGCAAGUGCCAUUCCUUUUGCUGCUUUGACUGCAUGGCGUGCUCUAAAAAGCACCGCUAGAAUCUCUGAAGGACAGCGACUGUUGGUGCUUGGUGGAGGAGGAGCAGUUGGAUUAGCCGCAAUUCAGCUUUCAGUAGCUGCAGGGUGUGGUGUGUCAACUACAUGUGGAAGUAAGAGUAUUGACCGAGUUUUGGAAGCUGGUGCUGAGCAAGCUGUUGAUUAUACUGCUGAGGAUACUGAAUUAGCAAUCAAAGGACAAUUUGAUGCUGUUCUAGACACAAUUGGAGUACCUGAAACUGAAAGAAUUGGGAUUAAUUUUCUGAAGAAAGGUGGACACUAUAUGACACUGCAGGGAGAAGCAGCAUCCGUAGCCGAUAGGUAUGGGUUGGCUAUUGGUCUUCCCACUGCUACAGCUAUUUUACUGAAGAAGCAAAUUCAGUACCGGUAUUCUCAUGGAAUAGAAUAUUGGUGGACAUACAUGAGGGCUGAUGCUGAAGGUCUAGAUGAGAUCCGAAGAUUAUCAGAAGCUGGAAAGCUAAAGAUACCAGUGGAGAAAACAUUUCCAAUCACCAAAGUUAGAGAAGCUCAUGAGGUAAAGGAUAGAAGGCUUGUUCCUGGCAAGGUGGUUCUGGAAUUUGACUGAAAUCCAGGAGCACUUAUAUUCGGAAUAAAUCCAGAAGAAUGGAUCCGCACAUGUAAAUCAUCUCUCAGCUUUUUCACCCAUUUGCAUCUCAAACCACAACAGUAACCUUCCUCUGGCUUUCCUUCUUUCAAAUGUCAAAUUAAAAUCUCAAAAAAUAGCAGCAACCCUAACAGAUCAGCUAUUGAUAAAGAAUGUCAAUUCAUUUGUAGCACGGUCCGCUUGUUCAUUUGGAGCUGGUCCUUGUUCUCUGCAUUACUUUGAAUUGUACAUAAAAAGAAUAGAAGUAUCUAUUCCUUUUAUUUUUGUUAAUAUUUUUUUAUUGAUAUGUACUUGAGGGUUUGUGUUGGAAUUAUGGUGGUUGAGAAAGUGGGGAACUAUUUGUGAUUUUGUUACAUAUUAAAGCAACAAAGAUUGGAUCAAGGAUCA